UCAUGCUGCUGCCAGGUCCAGAGUCUCUCAUGGGUCCCUGUACGGCCUCCCAUUGCUGCUGUCUCCAUCGCCACACUCUGCCAUGUGCCACUUUCAGGUCUCCUCACACUGCUGGUGGGUUCCAUUUUUGUCAUAGGGUGCUGGCAGAUUACGGGCCUCCCAUAGCUGCUGCCAGGCCCCUAAUCUGCCAUGGGCCCCUAUACCGCCUCCUCAUGCUGCUGCCAGGUCCAGAGUCUCUCAUGGGUCCCUGUACGGCCUCCCAUUGCUGCUGUCUCCAUCGCCACACUCUGCCAUGUGCCACUUUCAGGUCUCCUCACACUGCUGGUGUGUUCCAUUUUUUG